AUAUUAGGUACUUACUAGGCAAGGUACGCUCCCUCAAAAAUUACGCAUAAUAAUUUCCAAGGAGAAUAAAUAGUGCGAUUCGUUGGUAGACCAAGUACACUCGGUGUAUACAGACAGUAACUUAGUUACCAUUAUUGUUUACUCAAACCACCGGUACGUACUGUACUUCCCUCCAAUCUGGGGAUUCUUGGCACCGGUCAUGAGCUGCUCCACCGGCUACGCAAGUCAGGGGAUUCGCAAGGGCCACUUACUUGUAACACUCUAGAGUAGCUUCCCGUCUGUCGGUUCUACAUAAAACAAUCCAUCAAGCGCAAUAUAGAGACAACGGUACUUGAACAUCCUUCAUCUUCCAGCAGAAGGAUAUACACAACGAUGCCCCCUAAAAACGCCAAACCCACAAGCGAUGAGCUUCUCGCUCAAUUUGACGACCUGGGUGUCGACACUGAGGACCUAAAGACAGAGCCCAAGGCGGCGACAACGACGAAAGCAGCUGCACCACCAGAGCAGGAUCCCUUGGCUGAGCUGAAUGACCUCGUUUCCCAACGCCCUGCUAGUCGAGCGGCUACUCCUCGACUCUCAUCAGAGCUCCCGCACCGACCGUCACCCAAACUGACCUCAGCCGCGACCCCUCCUGCUGGCCGGACCAGCGAAGAUGCAGCCGCGCCUCGCAAGUCAACGGAGACGGGGCGCACAUCGCGAGAGGCUCCAAGUGAACCGGCGCCCCAACGCGCUGAGGAAACUCCUCAGAGCCAAGGAGGCGGUUGGUGGGGAAGCAUCUUUUCAACGGCCAGCGCAGCAGUGAAACAGGCUGAAGCUGCCGUAAAAGAGAUCCAGAAAAACGAGGAAGCUCAGAAAUGGGCAGAACAGCUACGAGGAAAUGUCGGAUCUCUCAGGGAACUAGGCGGAGAGCUACGGACUCUUGCCAUUCCUACCUUUACCAAUCUACUUCAUACUCUUGCGCCUCCGAUCUCCUCACACGAGCGUCUCCAAGUCCACAUCACGCAUGACCUCUCCGGCUACCCAGAGAUCGACCCUAUUGUCCAUGCUGUGUUCGCGCGGGUCAUGUCUCAGGUGGAAGGUGGUGACCUUCUAGUUGUCCAGCGGGGCCAGGAGUCAGGCCCCAAGCGCGGAGGAGCAGACUCAGGAUACCUGUCGUCAGCUGCAGGAUGGCACGAUGGUCCUUGGUGGCGGACCGUUACCCCUGGGAACCCACGCACCAUUUCUGCGGUCAAGGGAGCUGUUGAGGGAACAAAGCUUGCGCGUGCCAGCGCUGAAGCCUACGCCUCCGAGUAUUUCUCCUCCCGUGGGGGUGUCGAAGAAGCUGCGAAGCACGCGACCGAAGUUCUGAGCGAGUCGAACCCAGUCCGGAGCAGCGACAUCUUCCUGGCCAUCCAAGCAAUCAACCAAACCACACCGAAGGAUCUGUUCCAAGCCGGUCCAACCACAGAGAAGGCCACUCCAAAGGGCGCUGUUGAAGUUGAGGAUGACAAGGAGAACGAGGAAGUAUUCUUUGCGCUCUACCUUCACGACCCAAUCCACGGGAUCGCAUUUCACACGCUCUCUCAGGCCAUCCCACAGAAGUGGAUCGACUGGCUCGAUGCGCCAGCACCGGCUGCUGCGAACGCCGAUUCCGUCGACGCUGAGAUCCCCCACACCGUCGUACCAGACUCUAUCGCAGAAAUCAUCGAGAGCGGUGGUGUCGACCCCCGUGAAUGGGUUUCUGAAUGGGUCGAAGAGUCUCUUUCUCUAGCGAUUGGUGUCGUGGCUCAGCGCUAUGUGGCGCGGCGGAUGGGCGUUGGCGAAGGCGGAAUUAACAAGGGUAAAAUGAGAGCAGAGAAGACAUCGACUGUGGAAAGCGGAGCAGGUGAAGCUGCCAGGGCGCUUUAAGAGAUAUUCCCUUAUGUUCUUGUUCCUUUUCUUUUCUUUUUUUUUUCCAGGAUAACGUCCGCAAGUCAUGACCGUUGAGCGAAGUUGGGGCGUUUGAUUUACCCUUGACAGAUUCAGUUGCGGUGGAAAGGGCUAUGAUAUUCCGUGAUUGAUUAUUCCUAUGUUAUUGUGAAUGAUAUACCUUAUCACGCUGUAUUGUUUCUUUUCUCUUUUACGCAGUAGCAAUACUACUACUACCUUAUCUUACCCUUACCUUAGCUCGUCUGGACAAUCUCAUGGUCCCAGAACCAGAUACUAGAAUCAAUGACAUCACCCU